GCUACGGUGCAUUGACAUUUCGAUAGCCAUCAGUUCGUAACCUACAGUGAUUGUUGUGGAACGAUGAAGCGCACAAGUACCAUCAGUCGCCCAGUCGAAAUUGGCCUUCGUUUCAUCGGUAUGUGGCCGGAUUCGGCCUAUGCAACUCUUUAUUGGUUGUUUUAUAUGGCGACGAUGGUGAUAGUGCAAUAUUAUCAGUAUACAUAUGUUUUUACGCAUUUUGAUCUGAGUGAUAUUUCGCUCCUCAUGGAUUGUCUCGGUCUUACUCUGGCAUACACUCUCGCCUUUCUCAAGCUCUUUGUUUUAUGGUGGAAUCGCCGGACAUUUUAUUAUAUUGUAAAAGCGAUGAAUGAAGAUUGGAAAGAGUGCGUUAUCAAUAAUUCGUAUAAAUCCACGAUGAUGAGCGUAUCGGAUCUGUCGCAUCGCUGCACAAACGUGAUGAUUAGUAUCAACGCCUUAGCUGCCUUUUUCCUUUCAAUUGGCGAGCACUUGCUUCAAUCGAUGGGCGACGUCAGUGGAGUUGACAAUAAUUCUCGGGAACUUCCUAUAAAGAUGGAAUUCCCUUUCGAUGUCAGUGAAUCUCCUAUUUUCGAAUGUUUUUUAAUCGGGCAAUUCCUUUAUGAAUUAGUGUUGGCUUCUAUAGUUGGUAUGAUGAAUGCGUUACUCGUUUCAUUGAUACUUCAUGUAAGCGGACAGAUUGACAUUAUACAACAAGAUAUAAACGAAAUUUCUAACAGCAAAUACGAUCCCAGCUUAUCCUUAAUUGUUAUUAAAGGCCUUAUUUAUAAACACCAAAAGAUUAUUACUUUGUCAGAAAAUGUCGAAAACUUAUAUACUUAUAUUGCAUUAAUGCAACUUUUAUGGAAUACUUUGGUUAUCUGCUGCACUGGUUUUGUGAUUAUAAUCACCAUUGGUACCAACGCUAAUGCAACAACUUCAAUCAAAUCUGUGAGUUUUUAUAUUGCAAUCACUCUAGAAGUUUUUAUUCUCUGCUUUGCCGGAGAAUUUUUGAGCGCCAAGAGUAGGUCAAUUAGCGAUGCGGUGUAUGAGUCACUUUGGUAUAAUAUGCCACCGACAAAUAGCCGUAUUUUAUUAUUUAUGAUAUUAAGAUCGCAAAAACGAUUGACGAUCACUGCCGGAAAAGUUGUAGAUUUAACUUUGGAAGGAUUUACGAACGUAAGGAUGAUGAGCAUGGCAGAUCUGUCGCGCCGUUUUGCAAAUGUAUCGUUCAGUAUUUAUGCCUUCUCUGCUUUUUCUCUAUCAAUCGGCGAGCAUUUGCUUCAGUCGAUGGACGAUCAAUUCGGCAAUAGUUCUCGAGAACUUCCUAUAAAAAUGAAAUUUCCUUUCGACGUUAGCAGAUCACCGAUUUUUGAAUGUUUUUUAAUUGGACAAUUUCUCUAUGAUUUGGUAAUAGCUUGCGUAGUUAAUUUAAUAAAUGCAUUACUUGUUGCAUUGAUACUUCAUGUGAGUGGUCAGAUCGAUAUUAUGCAACAAGAUUUAUUUGAAAUUUCUAACAAAAAAUACGAUCGCAAUACGUUUCUACCCGUUAUCAAAAGUUUUAUUUGCAAUCAUCAAAAGAUUAUUAGUUUAUCAGAAAAUAUUGAAAAUUUAUAUACCUACAUUGCACUAAUGCAAGUUCUGUGGAAUACAUUGGUUAUGUGUUGCACUGGUUUUGUAAUUAUAAUUAUCGUUCGUAGUGGCGAAGAUAUAACAAAUUUGAUCAAAUCAGUGAGCUAUUACAUUACAAUAAUACUAGAGGUUUUUGUAUAUUGCUUUGCAGGAGAAUUUUUAAGUGCUAAAAGCAAAUUGAUUAGCAACGCAAUGUACGAGGCAUUUUGGUACAAUAUGCCGUCAUGCGAUAGUCACAUUAUACUGUUUAUGAUAUUAAGAUGCCAGAAACGAUUGACAAUCACUGCGGGAAGAUUUAUAGAUUUGACUUUAGAAGGAUUCACAAUUGAGAUCGGCCUCCGUUUCAUCGGCAUGUGGCCGGAUUCGGCUUAUCCGAAUUUUUAUUGGUUUAGUUACAUGACAACAGUAGCCAUAGUGCAAUAUUAUCAAUAUACGUAUAUAUUUGUACACUUUGACUUGAACGAUCUUUGGCUUCUCAUGGACUGUCUUAGUCUUACUUUAGGAUAUAGCCUCGCCUUUCUCAAGCUUCUCGUUUUAUGGUGGAAUCGUCGGGUAUUUUAUUAUAUUUUGAAGGCGAUAGAUGAAGAUUGGAGUGAGUAUGUUAUUAAUGAUUCGUACAAAUCCACGAUGGUGAGCAUGGCAGAUCUAUCGCGCCGUUUUGCUAAUGUAUCGUUUAGUAUUUAUGCUUUCUCUGCUUUCUUUUUAUCAAUUGGCGAGCAUUUGCUUCAGUCGAUGGAUGAUCAAUUUGGCAAUAGUUCUCGAGAACUUCCUAUAAAAAUGGAAUUUCCUUUCGAUGUCAGCAAAUCUCCGAUUUUCGAAUGUUUUUUAAUUGGACAGUUUCUUUAUGAUUUGGUGAUAGCUUCUGUGGUUAAUUUAAUAAACGCAUUACUUGUUGCAUUGAUACUUCAUGUGAGUGGUCAGAUCGAUAUCAUGCAACAAGACUUAUUUGAAAUUUCUAACAAAAAAUACGAUCACAGUACAUUUCUACCUGUUAUCAAAAAUCUUAUCUGCAAGCAUCAAAAGAUUAUUACUUUAUCAGAAAGUAUCGAAAAUUUGUAUACCUACAUUGCACUGAUGCAAGUUUUGUGGAAUACGUUGGUUAUGUGUUGCACUGGUUUUGUGAUUAUAAUUGUCGUUAGUAGCGGUGAAGAUACAACAAAUUUAAUUAAAUCAGUGAGCUAUUACUUUGCGAUAAUGCUAGAGGUUUUUGUAUAUUGUUUUGCAGGAGAAUUUUUAAGUGCCAAAAGCAAGUCGAUUAGCAAUUCAGCGUACGAGGCACUUUGGUACAAUAUGCCGCCAAGCGACAGUCGUAUUAUACUGUUUAUGAUAUUAAGAUGUCAAAAGCGAUUGACAAUCACUGCAGGAAGAUUUAUGGAUUUGACUUUAGAAGGAUUCACAAGUAUUGUAAAGGCUUCUGUCUCCUAUAUAUCAGUAUUAAAUGCAAUGACAUUCUAUAAUAUCGUGGCAGCAGUGAAAAGAGACUGGAAUGAUCGCGUUGUCAGUGAUUCUUAUUCCACCAUGAUGGCAAUCGCAAAUCAGUCAAGUCGUUAUUCUGUCGUGCUAAUUGGCCUCCACUUUCUAACUGGCUUUUCCUUAUCCAUCGGUGCUUACAUGUUUCGCACAAUAAAUACUGACAGCGAAGCUUCAACACGAGAAUUCCCAGUCAAAAUGCAAUUCUUUUUUGUGGUCUCAGAAUCACCGGUUUUUGAAUGUAUCCUUUUUGGGCAAAUUUUUUUUCUAAUGUUGAUAGCCCCUGUAGUAGGUAUGAUAAAUGCGUUACUUGCUACAUUGAUACUUCAUGUAGGUGGUCAGGUUGACAUCAUGCGGCAAGCCAUAAUGGACGUACACACUAACGAUAAACUUGGUACAUCUUUAAUUGUACUUCGUGAUCUCAUUCAUAGACACCGAAAGAUUAUUACUUUGUCGAAUGAUAUCGAAACUCUAUUUUCGUUUAUUGCGUUGCUGCAACUUCUGUGGAAUACUUUAAUCAUCUGCUUCUGCGGUUUCAUGAUUAUACUUGCUGUCAGUAGUAACAAAGGCAUAAUGGUUUUAAUAAAGUCAAUGUUUCUUUAUACCGUAAAAACAUUAGAAGUCUUCGUAUUCUGCUACGCAGGAGAAUUUUUAAGCUCCAAGAGUAAAUCGAUUAGCGACGCAAUAUAUGAGUCACUUUGGUACAACAUGAUACCAUCCGAUAGUCGGAUUUUGUUGUUAAUAAUGGUGAGAUCUCAAAAGCGACUGACAAUUACUGCAGGGAAAAUUUUUGAUCUGACUUUAGAAGGAUUUAUGAGCGUCAUGAAAGCUUCUGCUUCGUACAUGUCUGUAUUGCAUGCUAUGUAUUGA